GGGGUCCUGGAGCCUGGGAUCUUUCCCUCUCCAUAGGAGGGGUUUUUGCGCCCCUCCUUCCUCCCCUGGGGGCCAGGGAGGGGUCUCUGGGCGGCCCCCCUCGCGCUGGCCCCGUCCAGCUCGGCGCCGUCGUCUCUGCCUUCUCCUUCCUUCCUUCCUUCCUUCUGCUGCUUCUCUCCUUCCUUCGCGUCUCUCUCUCUCUCUCUCUCGCUCGCUCGCUCGGGUCCAGCAGGCGAGCCCCCGAAAAGCGUCUCCGGCCAAUCGCGCGCGAUCCUGCCAGGCGGCGGGCCAAUCAGCUCGGCGGGCUCAUGCAUAUUCAUCGCUUUUGGCUGAGUCAAAGCUUUUAGGCGAGUUUGUGUAGAUCUCCAAGCAUCAUGCCUUAGACUUUUUCAAAGAGACAAACUCCAUUUUCUUAUGAAUGGAAAGUGAAAAGCCCCGGGCCUCUUAAAUUGGGUCCUGAGAGAGAGAGAGAAAGAGAAAGAGGAAAGAGAGAGGGAGAAAGGGAGAGAGAGAGAGACCCCCCAAAAAGGCAGGCUGGAGGAAGAGAGCGAGAGAGAGACAGAGAGAGAUCGCCAGGGAGAGAAAGAGAGAGAGGCACCCAAGGCAGCGGCGCGCAAUGACCAUGACUACCAUGCCAGAGAGCCUCAAUAGCCCUGUCUCCGGCAAGGCGGUCUUUAUGGAGUUUGGGCCGCCCGGGCAGCAAAUGCCACCGUCGCCCAUGUCUCACGGACACUAUUCCAUGCACUGUUUACACUCGGCCGGCCACUCGCAGCCGGACAGCUCCUACAGCGCAGCUUCGUCCUUCUCCAGACCGCUGGGCUACCCCUAUGUCAACUCGGUCAGCAGCCACGCGGCCAAUCCUUACAUGAGCUCAGUGCAGUCCUACCCCAACAGCACCAGCUUGGCUCAGACCCGGUUAGAGGAGACAGGGGCCGAGACGGAGAAAAGCACCGUGGUGGAAGGCGGAGAAGUGCGCUUCAACGGCAAAGGGAAGAAAAUCCGAAAGCCCCGGACUAUUUACUCCAGUUUGCAGCUGCAGGCUUUGAACCGGCGGUUCCAGCAGACUCAGUACCUGGCUUUGCCCGAGAGAGCCGAGCUGGCCGCCUCCUUGGGGCUCACCCAGACCCAGGUCAAGAUCUGGUUCCAAAACAAGCGCUCCAAAUUCAAGAAACUGAUGAAGCAAGGAGGGGCCGCUUUGGAAAGCAGCGCACUGGCCAACGGCAGGUCCCUGUCUGCCAGUUCCCCCCCAGUUCCCCCAGUUUGGAACACCACCUCGACGUCGGGUAAGACCUCCACUGGGACCCCGGCCACUUACAUCCCCAGCUACACGUCUUGGUACCCUUCGGCCCACCAGGAAACUAUGCAGCAGCCUCAGCUGAUGUGAUUGGGGUUUUUUGGAGGGGGUUUUCUUUCGGGUUUGGUAUUUCGUUCGUUUUUGGUUUUAUUUUAUUUUAUUAUUUUUUAAAUAAUAAUAAGAAAGAAAGAAAAAGUUGAACCAACAAGCCGAUCUCCCCGUCGGCAUCAACCAGAAUACUUAAAAGAAAAAAAGAGAAAAAAAUUACUAAACACCCCACACAAACACGCGCUCGAACACUGUGCUUAGUUUGGGGGAAAGCGCGCGCACGCACGACCCAAGGAGCCUGAGAAAAGGCAACGUGGGAAGAGGCGCCAGCCAAAAAAUUUUAAAAAUAAAGGAGAAAAGGACACGCCACGCGCGGACAGUCUUUGGGAAAGUCCUCCUGGGCGCAGCCGCUGCUGAGCUGCCGGGCGAGGCAGGCACAGAUGCGACGCGGGGCUGGUUCCCAGUGCAGACAGCUGACGCGGCAGCCACGGAUCGGCCCGAGAGCAGCCGGACAACAGCCUGCCAGCAGCGCCGGAAAAACCCUCGGCUUAGUUGGACAAUCAGGAAAAAAAUAUGAGAAGAAUAAUCUGUUUGUACCAGGAAGAGGGGCGGGGAGGAAUCUGUGUCCUCUUUCUUGUCUGUCUCUCGUGUCUGUUCUAAUGAAAUGUAGGUCAUUCCCUUCAUCUCGAGUCCUCUGGUCUCCGAAAAACGGAACACAAGUCGUCUUUCUUUCUUUCUUUCUUUCUUUCUUUCUUUCUUUCUUUCUUUUCUUUCUUUCUCUUUUCUUCCUUCUUUUCUUUCCAUUCCCCCCGCCACCUCCCACAAUGUUCGUUGUUAGUCCUCGGUGUAUAUUUUUUUUCUUCUGUCGAAGGGGAAAGGGGGGAUUUUUUUUGGUUUAAAUUAUUAUUAUUUAUUGACUUUGAAAUCUACCACUAUGAGAGUCCUAAGCAUUUUUCUAUAAAAAAUAAUAAUAAUAAACUUACGGGCAGAUCUGGUUUGCAGAA